CCCCUUCUUCCCCACCAGGCCACCACCACCUCCUCUGCCAUCCCCGUCUCCUCCCCUUCCUCUCGCUCCUCGCCAGAACCCCACACCCCCAGCCGGAUCAAGGCGGCGCGAUGCUGGAGGAGGCGAUCCCCGCGCUGUGGAGCGCCGUCCACGGGUUCUUCACCCCCGCCGUGCUCUUCGUCGUCCUCAACAUCGUCAUUGGCACCAUCGCCGUCACCUCCAAGGUCGCCGCACCGGCGGCCGGCGCCGCCGAGGAGGAGGGCGGCGCUGCUGGGGCGGGUGCCGGAGUCGAGCAGUACCGGAAGCUGUCCCGCGUGCCCUCCAUGGCGUUCGACCGGCUCCGGUCCUUCAACCUCUCCCGCUUCGCCGCGCCCGCGCCCGAGCCCGCCGUGGCCGGGGAGGUGGUUCUGGGGUACGUGCAGACCCCCGAGGUGGCGGUUGAGAAGGAGGAGCCCGUGGUUGAGCCAGAGCCCGAGCCCGAGCCGGAGCGCGAGCUCGAGGACGCGCACGCGGCGGUGCACAUGGAGAGGAGCCGGUCGGAGGCCGCGGCGGCGGCGGAAGCGGAGCUACCGCGCCUCCCCGCGCGGCUGCACAAGUCGGCCAGCGACCGGUCGGCGUUCGCGCACUUCGAGGCCGAGGAGGUGGAGGAGGCCGUGCGGGCGGUGGAGGCGCGGCGCCCGGCGACGACCAGGGAGGGGGCGCGCCGCGCCCCCGUGGCGGAGCCGGAGCCGGAGGAGGCGGCGGAAGAGGCCGGCGGCGAGGUGGACGCGCUGGCGGACGCCUUCAUCAACAAGUUCCACCACCAGCUGAAGCUGCAGCGCAUCGAGUCGUUCAUCCGCCACCGCGAGACCGUCCGCCGCGGCCAGCCGGCCGCCGGGGCCGUCUAGGCAGGUGGCAACCCCGGGCCGGUCGAGAUGCAAGACAUCGAGCUGCGAGAGUGAGAGGGCAGAGGAAGAAGAGGAAGAGAAGGCAUGCGAGGGGAUUGGGAGGAUGGUAAUUCCCUUGUUCCCCCGAUCUGAUCCGAUUUGGUUUUUUUCGCGUUUCCUGGUGCUAGUACGUCGUAGCUCCAUGGGUUUUGGAUAUAGAGCCCCGCGCCAUGCGGCAUCCGCAUCGCCAUCGCAUCCUGUGAAUGAAUCGAUAAAGGAAGAACAAGCAACCCGUAGCUAAGUUGCUGUAAAUUAUUGUCUGUCUUUGCAAAUGUGUCUAAAGCAUCCGCGAGUUCUUCAGACUUCGCUGAAUGUGGAUAGCGAUUGCGACGCUUGCGGCU